GACUGCCUCUGCCCUGCCUUCGCCCGGCCCACCCACUUUUCUCUUCCCUCCGCCCCGCCGCGGCCCUCUUUUCUCGGUCCUGCGCCCGGUAGGCGGCAGCGACGCGGUGCUGUGAGGUGGAGGAGGCGCAGUCAUGUGGCUGGCGGCGCUGGCGGCGCUGCUUGCGGCGGCGGGGGCGCAGUACGAGCGCUACAGCUUCCGCAGCUUCCCGCGGGACGAGCUGAUGCCGCUGGAGUCGGCCUAUCGCUACGGGCUGGACCAGUACAGCACCGAGAACUGGCCCGAGAGCGUCAGCUACCUUGAGGUCAGCAUGCGGCUGUACCGCCUGCUGCACGACAGCGAGGCGUUCUGCCACCGCAACUGCAGCACGGCCGGGCAGCCGCCCCCCGCGGCCCCCGCGCCUGCCGGCGAGGCGCUGGAGGAGCUGCGCCUCCUGUCCGGGGUGCUGCGGCGGGCGCAGUGCCUACGACGCUGCAAGCAGGGGCUGCCGGCCUUCCGACAGGCGCAGCCCGGCCGCGACCUGCUCGAGGAGUUCCAGCGCCGCGAGCCUUACAAAUACCUGCAGUUCGCCUACUUCAAGGCUAAUAAUCUUCCAAAAGCUAUUGCAGCAGCUCACACUUUUCUUCUGAAGCAUCCAGAUGAUGAAAUGAUGCAAAGAAAUAUGGCCUACUAUAAGAGCAUACCUGAUGCUGAGGAGCAUAUUAAAGACUUGGAGACAAAGCCUUAUGAGAAUCUCUUUGUCAGGGCUGUGAGAGCAUACAAUGGUGACAAUUGGCGGACAUCCAUCUCGGACAUGGAACUGGCUCUUCCUGAUUUCUUCAAAGCCUACGAUGACUGCAUAGCAGCCUGUGAAGGCUCCCGAGAAAUCACAGAUUUUAAAGACUUCUAUCUUUCCAUUGCAGAUCAUUAUAUCAAAGUCCUUGCAUGCAAAGUGCAGUGUGAGAGCAAUCUGACACCCAUUAUAGGAGGCUUUGUCGUUGAAAAAUUUGUGGCCACCAUGUACCAUUACUUGCAGUUUGCAUAUUAUAAAUUGAAUGACAUGAAGAAUGCAGCUUCUUGUGCCGCUAGUUACCUCCUGUUUGAUGAGAAAGAUGAAGUAAUGAAACAGAACAUGGCCUAUUACCAGUACCACAAAGAUAAAUGGGGACUUAAAGAGGAGGAUUUUCAGCCCAGAUCGGAGGCAGUUCGAUACCACAACAUUACUACAUUCCAACUGGAAAUACAUGAAUUCGCAAAGGAACAUCUCAUGGAUGAUGAUGAGGGUGACGUUGUGGAAUUCCUUGAUGAGCUGUUAGAAGUGGAGGAAAAGAAGGAAUCCUGAUGAGUGAAACUACCACAAAGUAUUUUACAGCAGUGAAGACUCACCAUUGCUCCUUACUAUUGUUUUUGAUUUCCUGUAAUUCCAGUUAGAUAUACCUCAAAGGUACUUCUUUAAGCUGCAUCUUUUGUCCCAAGAUCCCCUCCUGAAAGGUCACUUCUGUGCUGCAGUGACUUCUGUGAGCAUGGCUUUUCACGGUGUAGAACUGGUGCACGUGAGUUUCCCUCUUGCACUUUCUUUCCCUUACACAAACACAACAAAACAGAUUAUUUGUUUUCUAGCAGAGCACUAAGGUUCCUCAUUUCUGUGCUGUUCUACCAAGUUGUAGCAGUACGACUGAAUUCUCAAGAACUUCUGUCAGAUUAUGAGCUAUGGAAAACAUAACAGUUCCUCUUUUUGAGGUAUGAAUUGUAUUAUUUAUGUAUGCCUUUUUAUGUGAUAAUGAAUUCCAAUGCAUCUGAAAGAUAUUAAGGUACAUUUAAAUAGCUGAAAUAAGGUGAUUAACAAAGCACAGCUAAUGAUCUUGUAAACAUUGCUUAAAGAAUUAUGAAAGCAGUGUUGAUCUUUCUUGUAAGCUAAAUUAAAUUCCACUAUGUGAAACUGAGAAUAAAAAUAAUUUUACUUCCUACCA